AUGAAAAAUAAAGGAACUCGUGAAGUGUUAAGAGUUUUACAAAAGUUUGUAGCAGAACAUAACCCAAGUACUUUAACAUCAGACCAAGACGGUGCAUACCUCAGCAAUGAAAUCACAGAAUUUCUCAUUAAGCAUAACAUAACUCACUACACUACUGAAGACCAUAACCAUAACAUACUCGGUAUCAUAAACCGCUUCAUAAGGACUCUCAGAGAUUUAAAUCAAGAGCGAGACUUUACCGAAGAAACAAUGAAACAUUUUCUCGAAGUAUAUAAUUCCUCAACGCAUUCUACAACAGGACAUACACCAAAUUCAAUGACACAACAACAAGAAGAAAAGUAUAUACAAAAGAAACGAAGUUAA